CCUUUCUUACGAGGGCACCCAAUGGGUGGGGCCAGGACGACAGUGGGAGGAGCCUGGGGCGGACACAUUUAAAGAAAGAGAGGGCCAGGGGAAGAAAGAGAGGGGGAGAAGAAAGAGAAGAAGAGGGGGGGAGCGGGUGGUGGUGUCCAAUGACAAAGCCCAGGGGUGGGCGCCGGGCGCCAUUUUGUUCGGGGCGGCAGGAUAUCCACUCGCGUCCUCCGCCCUCGGUGGCUGAGGGGGAGGGGCGGCGGCGGAGGCGAGAAAAGUAACGAAAGAAGUGCCGGGCGGGAGGCAACAGCAGCAGCCACCGCCGCCCCGGCGGAAGACAACGCGGGGGAGGGCGGGAGGCAGCCCAGGCGCCGGCGCCGGCCGUGGCCGUCCCGAGGAGGCACCCAUGCGGCGGAGCGUGAGGAGACGGCGGCGGCGGCCCCGGGCGGCGGCCCCGGCGGUGGUGGCGGCUGCUGCCGCCGCAGCUGCAGCGGCCCCGGGCGGCGGCCUCAGGGCGAGAGGAGGUGACGGGCUGGCCGCGGAACGGGAGGAAAAGGUGGUGUACUCGCGCUCGCAGCUGUCCCUGGCCGGCAGCACCAAGGCACUGGGCGACGCCUUCAAGCUCUUCAUGCCCCGCAGCACCGAGUUCAUGAGCUCGGACGCCGAGCUCUGGAGCUUCCUAUGCAGCCUCAAGCACCAGUUCUCCCCGCAUAUUCUCCGCAGCAAGGACGUCUAUGGUUACUCAUCCUGCCGGGCCCUGGUCCCGGACCCCCCGGGACCUCCUCCUGCCGCGAACAGCCACCUCGCUCGCGGCGGGGAGUCGCCGUCGCCGCUGCUACCCCCGCCGCCGUCCCGCCGGCCAGCUCCCGGAGCGGCGGCCAGAAGGAGGCGCCGAGGAGCUGGAGCCGCCAGGAGAGUCAAGAAACAGCAGCCGGCACUGCCCCAACAGCCCCAGCCCGCGCCCUUGCUCCUGCUGCCCCCGCCGCGUCCCGAACCCUCGCCACCGACCCCCGCCCUGCCCUCGCCCCCACCUCCGCUACUGCUGCUGCCCCACGCGGGCCGCUUUGGGGGCCGGACCCUGGAGGAGAUCUGGAAAGCAGCCACCCCGGUACUGACCACCUUCCCCACCAUCCGCGUCGGCCACGACGUGUGGGGCGAGCGGAGCCUGGCGGCGGCGCGGCGCAGAGCCCAGCAGGUCCUGCGAGUGAACCUAGAGCCCGUAGUGAGGCUCCGCCGCUUUCCCGUAGCCACGUCCUGAGACUUAGAGGGGACCAACCCUCACCGAUCCCCCACCCCAGCCCCAUCCCCUUCCUAUGGAUCCUGGCUCGGCUACCCGUCUACACGCGGAGACUUCUCUCUUCCACACGGUGGGACUGCCCACCACCUUUCUUCCCCACUUUUCAAACCGAGGAGUCGAUGCCGCCGGUGCCGCCGACUCCCCUGGGGACUGAGCUUCCGCCAGGAGAAAUGAACAAGUGUCAGUCUAGUGUUUACAAUUCCGGCCUGGACCGUGUCCCCUUAGUGCACUUUAUGGGCAAAGAAGGUUCAUCUGAUUGCUUCUCCCCUUCCCCCUGCUCCCCCGUCCCAGGAUGAAGGAACCAUCUGGGUCUUGUUCCUCUUCAACCUUGAUUCCGCUGAAUGGAGAAGGCACACCUGGACUCCCGAAGGGGCAGGACCGCAUCCUUCCCCUACCCCCACGCCUCACCCCUCACCCCAGACUGAGAAGUCGCCUGGACUCUAGGGGGCAGAUCCGUUUUCUCCCUUUUGGACUCUACCUCACUGGUCUGGAAGUCCACCGAAGAAGUCAUUAUUUUUCCAAAGGAAUUUUGUUUCAUGCUUGUAUAAUAAAGCCAGAUUUUACUUAGCUUCUUUCUUUUCCACCACCACCACUACCGCCACCCCUCUUUCUGGACGGAGGAUUAUGGAUGUUUUGUGGUAUUGCACUAAUAUGUGCUCAGGGUAUUCUGAAUCCCAUGUGUUCCCCAGUUUUUACUGGCUCCUGGAGCUUUGACCUAAGUAUACGUUUUUAAAAGGUUCAGGGCUUAUAUGACUGUUAUUGGUGCAAGGAUUUGUAUGGCUUUGAGUUUCAUGGGCUCAGUGAUUAUAAAGAGUCACAAAAUAGAACUUUAAACAUUUUUUAGUCAUUUAAAAAAUUUUUUAUAUCUGAAUUAAGUUUAUAUUUACUGAGCACCUGAAGAUAAUAGUAGCUUACUGCUUUUUUAUACCAUUUUGUUUAGAAAAAGCUGACUUGUUAAAUUCAGUUAAAAUGAAUAAAAAUGAAAAUGCAUUGAAACAACAUGGCUUGUGAUGAAAAAUGAACUGAUUUUUAAAGAACCUAGUGUUGGUUACACCGAUAAAAUAGGGCACCAAAUAAAACUGGAGGUAAAUUGGCUUGGGUCCAUGUACUGGUUUAGCAUACAAAUCCAGCAAGAUUAAUCGAAGCAGAAGGAUUUAUAGAUGAAAAAUGAAUGUGUAUGAAUUAAAAUCCUUAUGAAAUGGUAGGCAGAAUACACAAAUUAAUUUUAGGACUUGAGUAGUAAUGACUGAGAGGGGUGGAGACAUUUCUUGCUAUUUAAUAAUUGCUUGUAAUUUAAAUUGGGCCAAAUACCUGCUUUUUUAUUUUUUGGUUAUUAGAUAACAAGAGAUGCCCAACCUAGCAGUCAACCUUUUUCUUCCAAAAAAAUCCCCCAAUGUUAUGACAAAAUCAAGUUGUUGAUUUUGUGUUCAAGAUAAAAAGUUUGGAUUCCUCUUCUCCAUUCAUAAAUUAUCUGCAGUUCUGGUCUUUUUCUAUCAACUUAAGACCAUGAUAACCAAUAGGCUAGCCACACUUAAUGCUAACCCUUCAAUUACUGUUUUAUAUUAGUGUUUAUACUCUUGCCAAAUGUGGGAUUCUAGAUUAUCCAAGUGCCUUUGGUAAUGGUGGCAGCAAGACUUAAUGGUUUGUAGCCAGUGGUGCCAUAACCAGUUAUCACUGCAAUACCUAAAAGGGUCAAGUAGUGUUUUUUUGUACCACUAUCUUUCAAGAUUUUAAUUAUUCUGCUAUGGAAAAAUCCAUUCCAGGCUGGAAGUUGGAAUAUGAGAACCUCAGUUCUGAGGUUUAACUCUGCUUGGCAGCUUCUUAGGGAAUAUAAGAAAAGAGUUGCAUUUUUGACUUUUGUAUUCCUAGAACUCAUUGGCUUAGCUUUUGAAAUGAGAUCUUGCAGACUCAAUAGACCAUUGCCUUUUUUGUUUGUUUGAUUUUUGUAAAUGUUUUUUUCUAAUGUAAAAAUGACUUCGUGACAGUUUUUUUUCAGCAGUCUUCUCAUGGUCCAUAAUUCACUCAUUCAGUGACUUAAACAAAAACCAUAUAGUCACAUGAGUAAAUAAAAGUGGAUAACUUAUUAGAAUAUGAAGAAAUGUUAAAUUGGAAUCCUAAAUUUACCUUUUGGAUUACAAGUUUUCAUACCUAGCUGUAUUUCAUAUGCAUUGUAUUCCUUUGAAGAACCUAGUAUUAAUUUUUAGGUAUGUGAAAAAAGAUGUCUGUAUCAUAUCACUGAUGCCAUUUUAUGUAGUUUUAUAAGAAUUUAAGUUUCUAAAACUGACCUAAUGGCCAUAAUAGAAUGUGACUGCAGUCUGUGGAUUAUCCAGAUAUUUCCUAGAUGAUUUUGAAAUUUGCUUGGAGGAUGAAUUUUAUAACUCUUGCUCAGCACAUUACUAUCAAACAACUGUUGACAUCAUAUAUUUAUUUUGAAUGAGGUUUAAAAAAUUUUUCCUCUUAUGCUUUUGAAAUUUAGUAAAUUUGUGACUUGUCUAAAUGCUUCCCUAGAUUUUAGCUUUCUUUGGCUUCAAUUGGCUCUGAUUGUCCAUCCUGGGUCCAAUACUUAAUUUAUAUGGUCUCACAGAACAAUGCCAUUUCUAGUUUGUAAACUAUUGUGUGAAAUUUUUAUUUUUGCCAAGUUUCUUUUAAAAUAAAGCCAAUGUAAUUUCUAAAAUAUGAAGAAGCCGCUAAUGUAGUUGGUAAAGUACAAUAUUUUUGGCAACUGUGUGGAAGGUAAAUCAGCACAAUGGCCUUUAUUGGCAGGGGAGGGUAGGAACAUUCAUUUACCACCACCGUCUAAAGAAAAUAUGUAGUUUAGUUUGUAUAAAAUAUUUUAGAAACCCUAAAUAUCAUUUUUAUUCAUUCUCUUGCCUUCUUUUAUCUUUACAUCUCACAUGGCACAAAUGGAGUGUAAGCUAGAAAGGAAUUUACAAACCUUUCUUGCCAUAUUUUUUUUUUUUUGAGUGCCUAAGUAUGAUGGGUGCUUCAAAUAAUAUUUAAAUUUUUUAUUAUCAUUUUGACCCUACUUCCUGCCAACCAGCAUCCUACUUUCCUGACUAAGAAACCUAUAAACUGAUGAUUGUUGAGGGCAUACUUCAUUGUUGAUAGCUGAGUGUUGCUGUUGUAGUGUGUAUUUACUUUGUCCAAUUUGAAUACUCUAUUGGACAUGUAUAACUUUGAUGCUGGUGGCUGACAGUUCUUGACCCAAUGUGUAAAUUGUAGGAUUAUUUUUUUUCUGAAAACUCCUACAUAGAGAUUCAUUUUAAAAUAUUUGAAUACAAAAAGUUCAAGUAAUAAUGAAAUUCAUUGUAGAAUUUUUAAAAUUAGCAUUGCCACAGCAGUCUUGAAUUUGAUGGUUUUUAAUGGAGAUAUAAAAUACUUGCUUUAGAUUGGUGUGUUUAAAGCCUUUUAUAUAGACUUAUGUCUUAAGUGCAUUAGAAAGCAAUUGUUCGUGAUGGAACUGAAGUGUUUCCCUGGACAGUUCUAUUUGAUGUGGAUAUAUCAAGGUUUAUAAUCUGGUUGUAUUUUGCUCUUUAAUUUAUUGACUGUAAAUAAAUUUUAGAGAAUACUCUGUUUA